UCAGUCUAGCGGUAGCUACAUGUCAAUGCAUGUCCACGGACAGAGAGAGAAAUAAUAGAAAAGACGGACCGUACAUAAUUUCGAGAUAAAUAUAGAAACAUCCCUAUGGAAAGACACGGAUCCAGACACAGACGAGAAAAGGAAACAACUGGACACGGUGUAGUAGAGGACGGUGACGAGGUUUGUUUGCCAGCUAUCUGUCUGCUACGAUCAGGGAGGGGGCGCAGGGAGCUCUGUUGUUUUCGUCGGUUUAGCUAGCUGAACACACAACUAGCGAACUAAGCAAGGUAUGCUAGCUACCUAACAAAUUUCAUUUUAGCAAAUAUCUUGCUUAGUUCGCUAGCUGUAUGUUGGUUUGACAUACUGCGAGUGAGGUUGUCAACAUUCAUUCCACCACUAACUCGUGGAUGCGCGAAAAGCAGGGAUGGUGAGUUGGGGCCCUUUGCCAAAUAGCAUCGAGCUACCAGUCCUCUCUUGCUUGUUUACUAUAUUAUUACUUAUGUCGACAAAAAAACGUUUUCUUUUAGGAAAGACAUCUAAAAGAUUGUUGUUGUGUUCAGCGUUACUUGUCGGUGGCACAGCCAUUAAUAUAAAUAGCAACGGGGACUGCAUGGUGCGUAGGGUAGCUGGUGGUGGGUUUCCCUUAAUUAGGCGUGACUUGCUGCGCACCAUGAUAAUCUGCAUUCACUGAGAUGGCUAACUAAAUUAGCUAGCUAGGUAACUGUCUUCUCAUGCACUGUGUGUGUUCCUAUUCCUAUAUCGUCACACACACAAUUAGGCAAAUUAUUCCUACACCUGCCUACCAAUACACAAAUGGGGUGGGGGGUGGGGGGGGGGAGUGGUCCAUGUGAUCAAAACUAAAACAGUAGAGUUAAGUUUGGGGUGAGCCAUCUCUCUGCAUUGUCACUCAUGCCCAACUGCCAGUGUUCAUUACUGUGACAGGCAGACAGAUUAAAGAGUAGGGUGAUAUGGGGCUGAGCCCGUGGUGGCUUCCCUAAUCUCUCAACUACGCAGCUCUGGAAUGUUAUUGUAUCUCAUGAUGGCAGGGCAGGCUGUGAUUCUUAGCACAUAGGCUAGCCGUGGCCUAUUGAGGCACCUGCUUUCCCCCCAAAUGAUUUAGGCUACAUCAUAGAUCAGGCUGGAUGACUCACUGGCCUUCCCACAUCAGAGGCAAUCUGCAGUUUACUUGAAACAACAACAAAGCGGCCACCCCAUCACUUGUUUUGGUAAAGAAAUGUAAAAAGUCUCACAUUCAUAGACAGAGCUAUGGAUGCAAGAUCUGAGCAUCCAUGAAAUCAAAAGUAUAGUUUCAAUUUAUAUAUAUAAAAAAAGUGGCUUGUAGUUACUGCAGUUAUUAUUAGUACAUAACUAAUGCAUUCUAGAGGCUAUAGAGGAGAACACACAGAUAGCCUAUUUUAUGUCCCAAAUGGCACCCUAUUCCCUAUAUAGGCCUAGUGCACGCAGCCUUAGAAAGGAUUCAUAGAAGUGCUCGGCCUGCUGACCUUAGUGGCCAUGGCUGAUGUAAUUGAUUCUUAUCAGAAAGUGUUCUCUCUGAUUGGAGAGGGCAGCAAGUCCGUGCUCUAUGGGGAAUUCCAUUUGGAGCAGUGGAGGACAGCGGGGAUCACUGUUAGUAAUGGGGCUGUUAGGAUUGAUCACUGCGCAUUCUCUUGUUAACCAAGGCGACAAAUGAACUGGAACACAUCCAUCACAAAUGACUGGUUUGAGGUCAGUGCUUACUAUUGAAGAGGGACUAUAGGGAUUGUAGAACUGUGUUAAAGGAAAGAAGCGUUGUAUGGAGAUAUGAAGAGGCACCUUUUCUCUGAUAUUCUGUUGGGUUGUCUUGGCCAGAUCACGCCUAUUCUUAACAACUGUUGUAAAACAUUAAAUAAAAGUGUUUGUUUGUUUUCCUCCAGAUUUGACCACAUCACUUUGACUCUGUCGCCGCACAAAUAAAGGCAGUUGGACGGAGUGGAUCAUCUUUUUAUUGGAGUUGAAACCUACGUUGUAAGUAAAGAAUUGCUUGAUAGAACUCUUUCCUAUCCACGUUCUGGGGUUUGUUUGUUUUAUCUAAACUACCUCAUCAUCUGACUCUCAUAUUUACAUACCACACGUUCCUCUUUUUGGACUGUAAACCAGCCUACCUCUUUCUCCACCAUCUCUCUUUUUGUUUUGGCCAGUCUGUUUAGCAUGAUUGUUUUUGUUAAUUUCCUGCUUUUGUCAUUGCUUCUAGCAGGCAGCUGAAAUAUAUUUAGCUGUUGCUAGGCUACAUGCCUUAAAUACCUAUUUUUGACAGAGAAAUAGCUAGACCACUUUGUGCCCUCUGUUUGUUCCAUGGUCCACACUGUUUACUUUUGCAGAUUAAGUUUGGUGAACAAGACGUACGUUUAAAGUGACAUAAAUGUAGUUGUGUUGUCUAUUGUACAGUUCAUCAGGGUACUAGUGAGCAUGGCUGAUGUAGGCUAGUUGAUUUAAUGUGGACUGUGUAGCAGGAUCAUCCGCACUAGCUGUAUUUGUUCAAAGUGGAUUAUUUACAGUCUAACGUCAUUGCUUUGUUUAUGUCUGUGUGUUUGUCUCUCUCAGAGGCACCAUGGCCACCCAAGACUCAGUCUACUCUGACUACACCAUCGUCGCCCCGGAGAUGCCGGCCAUGUUCGACGGCAUGAAGCUGGCGGCGGUCGCCACGGUGCUGUACGUCAUCGUCCGCUGCCUGAACCUCAAGAGUCCCACUGCUGCUCCUGACAUCACCUACCAGGACACGCCCCUCAACCGCUUCCUGCUCAAGUCCUGCCCCAUCCUGACCAAAGAGUGAGUGACCUGUUUGCCUGUCGUUCAGUCUUUGACCGUGUUCGGUGAUCAUACAAACACUAGUCUAGCGCAAGACCUUACCCCCAAUAUAUCUUAAUGCUGAGUGCCAAGCAGAGACCCAUCAGGUCCCAUUUUUACAGUCUUUGGUAUGACUCGACUGGGGGAACCCAACCUUCCAGUCUCAGGGCGGACACUCUAACCACAAGGCCACUGAGUUGGCCAUAAGUAUGUAAUAGCUUAUUGGGGUCCGAUGAUUUGUUAUGGGAGUUUUCAGUAGCCCGUAAUUGGAACAUUGCACCCAUGCUCGCCUUGCAAUGACAGCACCAACGCUUCUGUUGUCACUGUACACAAUAGCCUACAUCUAGUCCCACAUUCCAAAGAACUCCUGUCUGUUGUGGAAAAAAGCUGUUAGUGAUACUCCUGUACGACUAGAGGUUUCUCUGAGUGUGUGGCAUGGUUCAGAGCCAGUACUCUACUGGCCUAAUAGUCCUGUCUUAAGGGAGUCUUAAGCCCAGUGGGAGACUCUGGAGGCUUCCCUCAGCUGCUGUCUGAUUAUGUAAGCCUCUGUUACUCAAUCUCAAAUCUCUCGCCACGAGUGCUCCCCAUAAGGCCUGGUCAAGUGUAGUGCAAUAUGUAGGGAAUUGGGUGCUAUUUGGGAUGCAGAUACUUUCAAAUCUAACUUUUAUCCAAACAGACUGUAGAUGUAGUUUGAGGUUUGUGUGUGUUUAUGUGUGCUCUUUGCUUUUGUUGACAGUCUAUCUGUGUGUUUUAAGACUGGUGUGUUUUUAGCCUUGACUAAAGGACUUGGAAUGUUCCAGACUGCCUCAGGGAGGGACGCCCAGUUAAAUAUUUGCCUUCAGUUAAUCUGAUCUAAGUCAUAGGCUUAAUAAGUAGGUGAUAAGACUAUUUAUUUAGCACCAACUCUUGCACAUUUUAUAAUUUAUAAGGUUCAUUAUAAUAAUCAGUAGGUGAAUUGCAUCUUAAUUAAAUUAAUCUUAAUCUUCAUUUUGCACUAUAUCCUUACACCGGGCUGUACUCACUCAAAAGCUAGCCAAGAAAGAAAGUGUGUAAAAGGAUGUUGGGCUAGUAGGGCUGUCGUUCAUUCAUUUAUUGCUCCUUGGCACUGUUUAUGCUGACUAAUGGUCCAAGACGGUUUGUGUAACUCGUAGUGACACCCAGUCGAGUUGCAUAACACUGUUUCCAGCACGGUCACCCCUGUGACCACGGACAGAUCAAUCAUGGAGAUGGAGGGAGAGGGGUACACAGUGGAGGAAAUACGAGACGGGUACAACGCCAUUGUGUUCAAGGCGUUCAAUGCAUUCCAUCUGUCAUUGUAUUCUAGAAAAUAAGGGCACAGCUGAAACAUUUACUCAAUUUAGCCUAAGUAGUUUGGGAAUUAGCCUCAAAGGGCAGAACCUGCAUUGGAGUGAUGUGCAACAGAGCUAUUCUUCUCUGAUACUGAGUGAAGCCAGGUUUCCAUGAUCAGAGGGCUACUUGGCCUUUUAUCUCAAUCCCUCUCUGAUGGCUUUGUGUUCAGGAAACCAGCCAUUUUAAAGGGGCAAUGUGGGAUUAGUACAUCCGUUUUUGAAUGUUUAAAUUAAUUAUAUGUAGCCAUUGAUUUUUGAAUAAUAUAAUUUAUGAAUGCCUCGAAGAGCUUAGUAUAACUUGCUUACUCCAUUAUUUUACCCCCCAAAAGUGGUGGUGUUACCCCUUUUGGCAGUAGAUCAGCGGGCUGUGUAUUGCGUCAUAUCAAAAGGCUAGUUAUUAAAUCAGACCUCCAAUAGAACAGGCCUGUGUGACUGUGACUUUGAUCUGUACAUCAGACAACUAAGGGCGUAGGCUAUCAGCCCACGCUGGCUUCUAUUUCCUUUGCUUUGGUCUGCUGCUGACUGUCAAGGGCGACAGCGGUCACACACACGAGAUUCAGAUUCUCCUCUUUUUUUAUGUCUUGACUGGAGCACCCAGACCUACACCACUCUAAAGUGUAGGCAAUUUGACAGAUUGAUUUCCUUCACACAGUAGAUAUUCAAAAGUGUUGAUACAUUAAAAAGUGUAGCUUUCGUCAGUCAUGUCAGAUCAGUAAUUUUAAAAGUAUUGGGCCAUAGCCUUUGCUUGUGGUCUUAGCUGGUCUGUUGCCCAGCCCUCCUCCUCCCCCUCUCAGCCAAUAGAUGAAGUGGACUCAGCCUGCCUGCCUGGGUUCAUCCCUUAGUCCUCCUGUGACAACAAUGACAUCAUCACUUCCAGUCAAGGAUUAUUCGCAGAGCGAGAAUGUUCUGGGGAAUCAAACCUGACCAAGAUUUUAGUGUAUUCGUCUAUAUCGGGGGUAUUCACAUUAGAGCCUGGAGGUCCGGAGUACUCCUGGUUUUCUGUUCUACUUCAUGCUACCUCCCUAACUCUACCUAUGUCAGAGCUGAUAAUGCUGUUUACACACAGGGGUUGGAGGUCUUAUCUGUAAUGUUAGUAAUGGUGUGGGGAGGCAUUGUGUGUUUUGAGAUAUGCCUUAUGUAAGGGAAGUGAUGUCCAGGUGCUCAGACUGCUCUAAUGACAGUGGAUGAAGAUGAGAUGGAUGGAUGGAUGGAGGGGGUUGUGUAACUGUUGAUGUAGCAACGGACUUUGCUCGCUGCCAAUAUUUACUGUAUCAGUGUGUACCAUUCCCCACCUGUGUGUGUGUGUGUGGACCGUACGUCCUUUGGCUGAGAGAGGAUCACCCUGACCUUGUUUAUCUCUGCAAACAGCCUCACAGCUGGCUAGCUAUUCGCUCCAGUCAGGUAGCUGGCUAGCUAUUUGUUCCAGUCAGGGAGCUGGCUAGCUAUUUGUUCCUGUCAGGUAGCUGGCUAGCUAUUUGUUCCUGUCAGGUAGCUGGCUAGCUAUUUGUUCCUGUCAGGUAGCUGGCUAGCUAUUUGUUCCUGUCAGGUAGCUGGCUAGCUAUUUGUUCCAGUCAGGGAGCUGGCUAGCUAUUUGUUCCAGUCAGGGAGCUGGCUAGCUAUUUGUUCCAGUCAGGGAGCUGGCUAGCUAUUUGUUCCUGUCAGGGAGCUGGCUAGCUAUUUGUUCCUGUCAGGGAGCUGGCUAGUUAUUUGUUCCAGUCAGGUAGCUGGCUAGCUAUUUGUUCCAGUCAGGUAGCUGGCUAGCUAUUUGUUCCAGUCAGGGAGCUGGCUAGCUAUUCGCUCCAGCUGUACCUUAAACUAUGGGAUAUCAUAAGGUGUCAGUGUUUUGCAUACGUUACUAAAUAUUGUUCUGAAAUUAUAGUACUAGUUAUCUCAAUUUCAGGCCAUAGUGUGUAGGCUAAAACUACAUUUGAGAGCAUCGCAGGCCAAAACUACAUUUGAGGACAUUGCAAUUGUCAACAUCGAUCUGCUUCUUUUGUCAUCGUAGCCACUGAUCUAUAAACAGACACAAAUUGGAAACCACUACUUGUUUUUGGCCUUUUUUCAAGGGUUUCCUGCUAAAUGAUCAGUGUACUUCUGUGCUAAAGUCAGUGUGCGGAUGUGAGAUGGUAGAUUGUAUGACUGUGAUAUGACUAUAACCCAGCUCAUGUCUCAAUGCAGUGCUAGCAGCAGAUAGAUACACUUUGAUCUCCUGCAGGGUUGGACCAUUACAUAAGAUCCACACCAUAACAUCUACUCCCAUACAGAGGCAGUAGGAUAUAGGAUACGUCUCCUGAGUGGCGCAGUCGUCUAAGGCACUGCAUCGCAGUGCUAACUGUGCCACUAGAGAUCCUGGUUCGAAUCCAGGCUCUGUCGCAGCCGGCCGCGACCGGGAGACUCAUGGGCAGCGCACAAUUGGCCCAGCGUCGUCCAGGGUAGGGGAGGGAAUGGCCGGCAGGGAUGUAGCUCAGUUGAUAGAGCAUGGCGUUUGCAACGCCAGGGUUGUGGGUUCGAUUCCCACGGGGGGCCAGUAUAAAAAUAAAUAAAUAAAAUGUAUUCACUAACUGUAAGUCGCUCUGGAUAAGAGUGUCUGCUAAAUGACUAAAAUGUAAAUGUAAAUAUAGUACCAUGGCAGAUGCAUUACCAAGGAUGGUCGGUUUCGUGCGUGUUCUACUUAGGAAUGUGUAAAGGUUAUUCCAACACACUGUGAGUGAAAGUCAACACUGCAAAUAAACCACCCACCUUUUUGCCCUUCUUGUUGUUGUCUGUGCCUAACAACGUUUGUACCAUGUUGUGCUGCUGUCAUGUGUUGCUACUGUGUUGUUGUCAUGUUGUGCUGCUGCCAUGUUGUGGUGUUGUCUCUCUUUAUGUAGUGUUGUGGUGUCUCUCUUGUCGUGAUGUGUGUUUUAUUUAAAUCCCCUGUCCCCACAGGAGGCAUUUUGCCUCUUAGUAGGCAGGCAUUGUAAAUAAUAAUUAGUCCUUAAUUGACUUGCCUAGUUAAAUAAAGGUUUAAUACAAAUAAAAUAAAACUAGUAUACUGCAUUAGCUGACUGACCGACUAAGGCAACACUGUCAGCAAGAACAAGCCAUUAAAUAAAGUUAUUCUAUUACUUCAAGGGCCAAAUCCUAAUGCUGUUGUGUGCUUGUUUCUUGCAGGAAUCUCUUAUUGACACUUUUGCACAUUCCACACACAGAUAUUUUUCUGUGCUCAGAUCUCCAGUUAGCAUGGCAUUUGUGGAGUGUACUGUAUGUGUGUAAUGUAGGCUACUAGCCUAUGUGAUAGAGCAUCUAUUACCUAGGCCCUAUACGAAGAAUUACAAUGUAUCCUAUGUAUUUUAUUACCUGCAAAUAAACCUUCAUCUCUUGAAUAAAGUAAAUUAAGUAAGCCUUGGACAAAGUAAACCUUGUCCGAGCCAGAACGGCCCAUAGUGAAUCCCUGGAAUAAAAAAUAAAAUAAAAAAUCCAUAUGGAAGAAUGUUGCAUUGAAUUUGUAAUGCAUUGUUUUUAUACACACUCAUUAAUCUGUGUUUUGCAGGUACAUUCCGCCCCUGCUGUGGGGUAAAAGUGGCCACCUACAGACAGCACUGUAUGGCAAGAUGGGGCGGGUGAGCUCCCCUCACCCCAUAGGCCUCAGGAAGUACUUACCCAUGCAGGACGGGGCCACUGCCACCUUUGACCUCUUCGAGCCCAUGGGGGACCACCGGACAGGAGGUGGGCUAGUUCAAUCAUUUAUUUACCUUUUUAUAGUAAUAAAGAGAAUGGAGAAUCUAUUGGCACAGGACUCUUUUUGCAAUAUAAACGGUCCGCCCCCAAAAAUUCCCCCUCUAUUGAGAUUUGCUUGCCUUACCUUUAUUUGACCAGGUUAACUAGUUGAGAACGCAUUCUCAUUUACAGCAAUGACCAAGGAUAGAAGUGCAAUGGGAAGGAGAGCUGUUGAAUGAGCUCAUUAGAAGCAUGAGAGCAAAUUCAUCAUAAUAGAACGUUGUGCUAUGGACUUGUCCUGUAUGGCCUCAGUUUAACAAAGUGGUUUUGACCCCUUUUGUUGGUCCUUUGACUUGUUUACCCAAUGGUUCCAUUUCCAGUUCUGUAGGUGAUUAUUAUGUCAGUGUUGUUGAGGACACCGUGACUCUAGGUAAACUCUACUACCGCUACUUCCGGCUAAGGUGAUGAGAUCAGGGUCUACGACCCAACUAGCACCCUAUUCCCUAUUUAGUGCACUACUGUUGACCAGACUAUGGGCCCUGGUCAAAAGUAGUGUACUGAAUAGGGUGCCAUUUGGGACGUAGCCCAUUUGUUUUGACCUCAAAGAGUUGAGACGUAGUUGUUUCUAGUUGUCACUAGUUUGCGUUGCCUUGAGGAAGGAAGCAUGUUACUUUACACCACACACACACACACACACACACAUCCACUGUUCAUUUGCUGUUCUAUUUGUGCUGUUGCCAGUCUCUUCUCUCUGUGUUGUCCGUUUUAUCUUACAUAGUUAUUUUUUAUUUAAUUUUUAUCCCCGUCCCAACAGGAGGAGGCCUCUUGCCGGGCCGUCAUUGUAAAUAACAGUUUGUUCUUAAUUGACUAGCCUGGUUAAAUAGAGGUCAUAAAAAAAGAGCCUCUGGUAACUAGGCUACUUCAUGUUUUUAUUAUUUGAGUGAUUGGGACAUCUCAACCUAUACAGAGGUUUUAUUGUGGCACCAUACUGUCCUGUCUCUGUUUGCUGCCUGUCAUAUUUGCGUACCACACCGUGCAAUGAUCGGCCCGUGAGGAAAUGUAAUCAGGCCUUCACAUAUUUUAAUUUGCAAACGGCUCACUGAUCCGUCUGUCCGUAUGUUUGCUGUUCCAACAGAUGACGUCACCAUGGUAAUAUGCCCGGGGAUCGGUAACCAUAGCGAGAAACACUACAUUCGCACCUUUGUGGGUCACUCUCAGAAGGAGGGUUACAGGUGUGCCGUGCUCAAUCACCUGGGCGCUCUGCCCAACAUCGAGCUCACCUCGCCUCGCAUGUUCACCUACGGUGAGGACUACACAGACGUGUACACACACACACACACUCCUAAUAAAAAAACAGACAUGCGUGUGCACACACACACAAAAACAACAACAAUACGUUUUAUAAGUGAAAAGACAGGAUAGGUUUUCACCACACCACCCUCAUUUCAGAUCAGUGGUCAUGAAUUAAGCUACCAAGGAAAUGAACCAGCUCAAAGCCCCAGUAUGUAAUGUCUUUGCUCUGGUCCUUGCCUGUGUUCUUGUUCUGGUAGGUUGCACGUGGGAGUUUGCGUCCAUGGUUGGCUACAUCAAGAAGACUUUCCCUCACACCCACCUCAUAGUGGUGGGCUUUAGCCUGGGAGGCAACAUCGUGUGCAAGUUCCUGGGAGAGAACCGGACCAAUCAGGAGAGAGUGCUGUGCUGCGUCAGCGUCUGCCAGGGAUACAGCGCACUCAGGUGGGCUAUGGUCUUCUUAAGACUUAUUUAUACCUUAUGCAAGUACGCAAAACAACAUGUAAGAGCUACGCAAAACGGCGAUCCGGUGUACUUGCGUGGAGUUACAAGUUGCAGUGCUGCACACGUUUGUGUAUUAUGGCUACGCAAGUCCGCAGAACGGCCAUUUUGCGUAGCUAAUGGCGUUUGUUGCAUUACGUACUAUAUACCCUUUUUACACACAGCUGUAUACUUGGAAAGUGAAGGCGUCGUAAACAUUAGUGGAGACACUAUCUUUUUUUUAGAGGCAGUGUUAUGCUUGCUAGCAAUGAGCUGUAACUUAGCUAACUUAAUGCAAAUAAGUGAAUUGCUUCUCCCCAAUUUAGCAAAGUUAGCUAGCUAGCUGAAGUUAUUUACUGUGGUCCCGUGUAGCUCAAUUGGUAGAGCAUGGCGCUUGCAACGCCAGGGUUGUGGGUUCGAUUCCCACGGGGGGCCAGGAUUAAAUAAAAUAAAAUGUAUGCACUCACUAACUGUAAGUCGCUCUGGAUAAGAGCAUCUGCUAAAUGACAAAAAUGUAAAUGUACAGUUGGUUAGCAACCAUUGCUACUCUUUUGCAAGCUAUGGUAACACAGCUGUCAAAAAUGAAUGAGCUGUUUAGUUGUGUUUUACCAAUGGUGAAGGCGCAUGAAGAUGAAGGAAUUGAGAUAUUUACAUUUACAUUUUUAGUCAUUUAGCAGACGCUCUUAUCCAGAGCGACUUCUUGGAGCAAUUAGGGUUAAGUGCCUUGCUCAAGGGCACAUCGACAGAUUUUUCACCUAGUCGGCUCGGGGAUUAGAACCAGCGACCUUUCGGUUACUGGCACAACGCUCUUAACCACUAAGCUACCUGCCGCCCCAAGAUAUGUCUUCGUUUGAGCGCUAUCCACUGAGUUUGUAAACUACGGCUUGCGAUAUGGUUCAAUGUGCCAGUAAAUAAGCACAAUUUACUUUUUUGUUUAUUCAAAUUGCCGCAGUCUUGGAGCUAGAAUUUGAAUCAUGCAUACUGUGCUAAUGCCAAUACAAAAAAUGAGUAAUGGAGCGCAAUGUACAAUAUGGUGAACUUGGCAAAUGAGGCGUUUGUGGUAAGUACAUGGGGGGCUGUCAUCUUUAUGCACCUCUGUGACUUUCCAAGUGUAUUGCUUUGAAUACAAGUGCUCUGUCUAUCCUUCUCCUGAGCCUUGGUACUCUGUAAAAGGAGGUUCACUCAGAUGGAAUUCACUUUGCCCAGCAGCUGUCUGUCUGACAAGAUGGCAACAAGGCUGAGAGUAGCUGGGAUCCUGUUUUUUUUUCUCCAGCAAACAUUGAUCAUUUCCUGUAGUUUGUUCUCAUCUGUGAUCUCAGUGGACUGGUGACUAACACAACAAAGACAGAGGACUGAUGCCCUGCCUUUUAUCCUUGCCUGGGUGCCGGUCUGUCUCCGCUGUAGACAACUGCUUGUUGCCUUGCCAAGUCUUUGAGCUAGACAAAGAUGUAGGCUAGGCUACAAUACUGUAUCUGUUGUUGAAUACUGAAACAGACGCAUACUGUUGGCUGCUCUGUUAACCUGGGUUGUUAGUGUUAUUGUUCAUGCAUCAUGCAGUUCUUCCAUGGAGGUUGUUUCAGUGUCGUUUUCCGUUCUCUGCCUUAAUCCCUGUAAUCUAUUUGAUUACACUUGGGUAUACAGUGGACUGCCUGUUAUCAUAACGACCAUAGACUUUGUAAACACUUGAGCUUCUGUACUGAUGGGGAAAACUGUUUUGUCACGGCAUGGUGUUUCUAGUUGCGAUAUUGCACAAGCUCCGGAACGGAGUAGAUGGAACUCUGAAGCGUGUGGUGUAUGUGAACCACACCUUUUAGAGUUUGAAAGGCGGCCAAUGUCUCUUGGCAGGAACAGUCUGCUCUGUCCAGAGAGUAAACGGUGUGUAUGUGUCAGGACAGGCAGACUGGCCUUUUGUGAAAUGGGAUUAGUCUUCAUACCUCAGUUUAUUUUCCAUUCCUGUCUAUGGCGUAGCUAAAGCCAUGUCUUUUGUCAUUGCCCAUGCCCAUGUGUUGAAUAGGAUUGUUGUGCCUGCUGCGUAGUUCUCACAAUAUAUGCUACCUCAGUAGUAUUUCUCAUCAGGGUUGGGUCAGUAGGUUACUUUCUAAAUGUAAUCUGUUACUAGUUACCUGUACAAAAUUGUAAUCAUUAACGUAACUUUUGGAUUAUCCAAACUCAGUAACGUAAUCUGACUUCCCCGUUAAGAGGCGUUAGAAGAAGACAAAAAGGAUCCAUCAAACGCAUUUGGUGUCAUCAUAGUGGUCUCUGAACUUGUGUUAAGACAAAAUACAUCUGAUUAGGCCUACAUGUAACUGAUAACAUAAUCAGUUACUCCUCAACCCUGUUUCGCAUGUGCACUAGCAGAUAUGAAGUUGGACUAGCUAAUUGCUAGAUGGGUUCUGCUAGCUUGUUAUUAGCUAGUUGCUAGUACUGCUAGCUUGUUGAUAGCUAGUUGCUAGCUAGGUAGUGUUGGCGAGUCCAUAGUGCAGUGAGAGAUCCUUCUGCGGAUUUGGUGGGUGGGGCGAUGGUUAGCAUGCUAGCUUCAAGAGUACAAGUGUUGUUGGGAGCAGGAGUUAUUUUGUCCCAUGUUGGCCUACAGUGAUGAAACCUGUGUUGCAUGCUUUAGCCAACCUUUCUGAAUAUGUUGGUUGUCAGGCCAAACGGGUAUAACCAUGACAACAAUAUAAUUGUUUCUCUCUCUACACACAACUGACUUCCUGUUUUGUGUGUGUGUGUGUGUGUACAGGGCCCAGGAGACAUUCCUACAGUGGGACCAGUGCAGACGCUUCUACAACUUCCUCAUGGCCGACAACAUGAAGAAGAUCAUCCUCUCACACAGGUACUCAGCCCUGUUCCAAUACUUAGCACAUUCACACUGGUAGGCCCAGUCCCAAAGAAGCUCCUACCCUAGGCCCAUGACACUUCUCAUACAUCUGAAAUGGGCAAAUGACUGUAAAAGCGAUAUGAUGGAAACUCCAUGUGGUGAUUGGGAGCUAUCACCUGAUAACACCCAUUCAAGCCCUGCUGUGUCCACCCAUAGGAAAAUAAAGCUUCUGCUAAAUGGCUUAUAUUAUUAUAAAUUAUUUAAGAUCUAGGACAAAUGGCUUGGACUGAACUCAGUCACAACCCAGCAGAUCAGUAAAAUUCCCCAUAGAGAGAGGAGAAACACCAAACCAGUACAGAGUACCCUGAGGCAAACUAUUUAACUAAUGAAAUGGAGGCAAUUAGCGAUAGCACGGAAAUUCCUGGUAUAGGUAUGGAUUUUACUGAGAAUAACUAUAGUGUUGUCACAUGCAUUUCAACGCCAUGUCUCAACGUUUGUGUGUGUGUUUACAGGGGCAGUCUGUUUGGAAGUGCGACGAAGAUGGAGGACUCAGACCUGAGUCGGCUCUACACGGCCACCUCCCUCAUGCAGAUCGAUGAAACCAUCAUGAGGUAUAGGAGACGCUGAAAAAUAACCUAGACUCACAAUCAAAUCACUGUGUUUUGCUUUCCUAAUACAUUUUAGUAAAAUACAUGAAAUAGAAUCUAAUAAGGAACACAUGCUAAAAUGAGACACACAACUCAAUUAUUCCUGUGAGCAACCGGUCUCACAUUGACCCCAUGUGAAAUCAGUCCUAAAUGUUUUAGUGUUUAGUCCUCAACACUAAAACAUUUAGGACUGAUUUCACAGGGGGUCAAUGUGAGAUUUAUGGCUGUAUGUUCAAAAUAGACUGCACCUGCUGAAGUGCAACUUUUCGAGUUUUGUCAAUGCAUAGGAAUAAUAUGCUAGGCGCCAUUGAGCAAGGCUAGGGCUGGGCGAUAUGGCCUAAAACAAAUUCGAACUUAUGGGCGAUUCUCGAUUUAUAUCUCUCAAAAGGCUUUGUUGCACAAUUAAAGGUCAAAACACUGCAUUUCAAACAGUCGGUAAUAAUCUAAUGAAUUCAGGGCUUGUAAAAUUAUACAUAGGCUAAAUAUAAGCCUUCAACCAUAAGACCCAUUAAUAAUUACAUUAUUUAUCAAAAUAAUUUAACCUGCUUUUUGCAAUAAUCACUGAUCUGGCUUUCAAAUUUGUCUUUGAAAAUGCCCUUUUUGUUACAAAUUUAACCAGAACUAUGCACAUCCACUAAUAAUGACUAACUUCUUGUAGCAGGCAUUAUAGAAAAUGAACACCGAUCACAUAAACAAUCUCUCAAGCACAAGCCCAUCUUCUAGUGGGUAGCCAGCUAAUCUUUAUAUUUGAAGACUAGCCAACUUGGAUUUAUUUGCUUGAUAACAAGGCAGAACAGUUGAACUGUUAUGAAUACACCCUCCUGUCAGUCUUCAACUGUUUGAACAACAUAGCCCGUUCACUUUGUUUAGAUAUUGAAAUCAAGUGGCCUACCUAGAUAAGAAGAUGCUUAUUUCUCAGAAUAUGAACGAGUUGCCAAUUCCUGACAUAAAUGCGUAUUUUUAUACUUUUAUAAAACACAGAUUAGACAGCUAGCACAUAACAGUCUGUGGCUAAAAUGCUGUUAGCGGUACGUGUUACCGCAAUGCCGCACACGACAGAAACUGAGCAAACAUUUGCCACAGUCAUUGAUACUCCCGUCUUAGUAGGGUCUGCUCUGUUCUACAUUUUGGGAGUUGAGACAUAAAAAAGGUAUCAUUAGAAAGGUUAAAUUCUCCUCUUUUACAGUAAAAUAAUGUCUCAAUGUGUUUUGGUGUCCAUAUGACCAAUUCUGUUGGACCAAACCUCAUGCAGGUAGCUAGUUGAAACUGCUUGUCAGAGAGGAAGAAGUGAUCUUUUGUUGUGGUGAGUGGCUUGGUGUCUGUGUGCCAAUGGGAAGGUGCACAGUGCCCACAGCACAGAAGGAGAAGACACUAAAAAGACAGUCAUAAAAACAAAACAAAAAAUCUAACCUUGAUUCUUGCGGUACAGGCAUUUAGAACCGGUACAGGCAUUUAGAACCAGUACAGGCAUUUAGAACAUUACGCUAAAACAUGAGUUCAAUAUAUCGCCCAGCCCUAAGAAAGGCCUCUGAGUAUCUUGUUGAGCAGGGUUUAUAGGGCUGUUUUCACCCAGGUAGUACAGUAUGUCCCUUAAUAAUCCCUCUCCAGUUUCCACAGCAUGCUGCUAUGUUUUGUGACCUGUCACCCCUCUGUCUCUGCAGGAAAUUCCACGGGCACAACUCCCUCAAAGAAUACUACGAGAAGGAGAGCUGUGUACAUUAUAUUCACAAUGUAGGUUGAUACGCUCUCUCUCUCUCUCUCUCUCUCUCUCGCUCGCUCGCUCGCUCUCUCGCUCUCUAUCGCUCUCUCUCAUCUGAAUUAAGAAUAAUUAAAAAAACAUUUUGUAUGCGUGUAAGAAUAUCAGAAAUGUGUUAGGUUCGUUGGAGAGUUCAUGAUUUAAGCUUGUGUCUUAGUGGACUCUUAUAGGGUUUGUGUAUUCCAUACAGUAUAUCUAAUAAAGGUUGUAUUUUGUAGGUUGACGUGCCACUACUGCUGGUGAACUCUGCAGACGAUCCUCUGGUGCACGGGUCUCUGCUCACCAUCCCUCGCACACUGGCAGGUAACAGACACCUGCAUUAGUCACACACACACACACACACACACACACACACACACACACACACACACACAGCCUGUUUCUCUAGUCAGAGCUCGUCCCUACAGAGACACAGGGCCACUCGGCAGUACCUGGUCAAGUUGUCAGUCAGUCUAUUGUCUUCAUCCUAAGACACCAUGCUGAGGGGAACAUUUAGAGACAGUACAUUGAUCUGACUGCUGGUACUGGCUCUAAAAUCACAGUGCAGUUCUGGGCAUUUAAAAAAGUUGUCAGAGUCUGCGUGAUUGGAUCGAACCGCCCUAUCCCGUCCCCCAGGACACCUUUUCCCUAGAGCUAAACAUGCCCAUGUGUAAUUUCCCACCUGAAAAAGUUACAUUCUGUCUGUGCUCUGCUUAUGUUUGUAAUAAUGCAGUGUCAUUAUAGUUCAAACAGACACAGAAGUUUGUACAACAUGUCGAUCAUGUUGUUUAUAGUUACAACAGAAGUUUGUAGGCUGCAACAUGUCGAUCAUGUUGUUUAUAGUUACAACAGACACAGAUGUUUGUACAACAUUUACAUUUUCGUCAUUUAGCAGACGCUCUUAUCCAGAGCGACUUACAGUUAGUGAGUGCAUACAUUUUUCAUACUGGUCCCCCGUGGGAAUCGAACCCACAACCCUGGCGUUGCAAGCGCCAUGCUCUACCAACUGAGCUACACGUCCCAUUUCUAGUUACGGCAGACAUGUUGUACAAAAUGCCUUUAUGCAGAGCAGUGGAGCUACAUUUAAAAUGAUUGUGACUGAAGGUGUGGUUGUUUUCGCUAUUGAGAAGAGGCGUCCAGAGAAUCCGAUCAUACAGCUGCUCCAUAAAAAGUUAGCCAGUACUGCAACACAGUAAGAAAUACACAUUGCUAAAAUGAACUUGGUGUUUGGUGUCAGCAAGCCACUUUGAAAAAGUCACUUUUUAAUGCCCAGAACUGUAUGUGCACAUGUUAUUUGUGUACUAACACAAGGGAAAUCAUUAUAAAUCUACUGUAUUUUCACCAGUUCAAGACAGGGUACAAAGUUGUCCCUUACUUUGUCUCUGAAACAGCAGAGCUGGAAUAGAAAGGAUUGGUCUACUGACUAAGUCCCAGGCCAGGGAGAGGGAGGCAUAUAGAACUAGGUCUGUUGGGAAUGUCUGACUGGUUAACACUGGCUCAAUAACUCAACCACACACACACAGUACUGUAUCACACAGAUGAGAGCCUCUGUCUCCACGUGUGCUCGUGACUUAGACUUUAGACACCGCUAGGCGUUACCUUUUUAGGUAUGCGAACUAAAGUCUGUCCUUUUUUCAACACUAACUGAUUCUAAUGAACGAUAUAACACCCAUCAUGGUAACCUAUCAUUUUAAAAUAGAACACUGAGAAUAGCAGCCAAUCAGCUCAAUCCUCAAGGGUUUACUGAGUUGAUCAAAUGGAGCUGUAAAGGAAAGCAUGCUAUUUAUGGAAACAACUACCUCAGCACUACCAACUAGUCAUCAUUUGUUGGAUUAUCUCAAAUCCAUGGACUGUAGCCAGUUCUCUUCUCCCACGGGAUUACUGGAACAGCCCAUCCCAGAUUCCUCCCUAUCCCUCCCCCUUGGCAUGUCUGAAGGGUCUGGUUAGGGAUAAGCUGUGUAGUGGUAGAGCUUCCACCAUAUUGUUUCCACCUUACAGAUCUGCAAACAUUGAAGGGGUAGGUCCAAAGAGAAGCUCCCUACUGUUAUGAUCACAUUUCCUCAAAGUGGUGCAGAAUGUGUGGUGGUGAUAUGAUCCCUCCUGUGUCCUGUUAUUUAUAGUGUCCCAGAGCUGGGAUGGAGGGUAACACUAGCCCACUGGCGUGUCGUUUCCUGCACUACAGAGAGAUGCAGGGUGGAGAUAUCAGCUGGUGCCCUGCCUAACUCUCUUAAAGGGGAAAUCAGCUGGCAGUUCUGUCCCCUUUGCCCUAGAAGAGUCAGGCUGACUCACUCACACACACUAUGGCCACAGGAAGCCUGGAAACACGCAAAAGCUGUUGUAUAACUAAUGUGGUCUCGUCACCUCACCUGGAAUUCAACUCUAAGCCACAUGGUAGUUGGCACGUCAUUAGGACUGUCUGGCGGACAAAUCCAAUCAACAAUCUUUUAGUUGGAAACCUCAGUCUUGUGCUCCGUAGUGCUUAACCCCAAGUAAAAGUUGAUUCCAUUUCAUUUUAGGAUUCAAAUUGAAUGUGUUAUUCAAAUGAAGAAUAUGACAGUAUUUUUAUUAUGAAUAAACAGUGUGUAGUUUUAGAUGAAUUAGGCUUCUGUAGAAUUGACCUAGAGGGCUGUAAAACGGCAGCCAUCUUCUCCGGCGCCAUUCUAUCACUUUGGGCCUCAUGAUGUUUUCCUCAUACUCAUCUUCCGUGUCACAAAAUGGAAGCUGCAUAUUAGACAUGUCAUUUCUGUUUUAAAGCAAGCUUCAACUUUUCCCUCUGCGUCUAGUUCAUGGUCCUUUGCAAACGCGAUUAAACAAUUGAUAGGACACCUCUUCCCAAAAGAUGCAGCCAGCCAGCCAAACUGAAUGGUUUAUUAUGAUGUGUUCCUACAUCAAACCCUCUUCAGGGUUCAGCCUAAUGGAAAGCUGGGGUGUCCUUUUUAAUUUUCUAUAAAUAUGAGUAAUUUCCUAGAAUCACCUAGGCUAUUAUAACCGCUGGUAGAUGUUAGCAAAUAGUGUAUGGUUGGUACAAGCCCUUUGGGAUCACACUCACCAGGCGGACACUGCAGUUUCCCCCACUAACCCAGUUAGAGCUGGAGAAAUUAGGGAUCCAUGUCUGGAUGCCACACUAGUGUUCUGUUCAGGGUUGGGGUCGAUUCGAAUUGAAGGCAGUCAAUUCAGGAAGUGAUUAGAUUUUUUUUUUAAAUGUUUAAAUAAAUUGCUUCUACUUUUCAGUUUAUUUAGAAGUAAUUGAAAAUGGGGGCCAUUUUUUAAAUGAUUGAAUUGGAAUAUCAAUUUACUUCCUGAAUUAACUUGGUUCUGUUAUCACUGGUAGGCAGCAGCUGGGGAAUACCUGCAAUACUGUUGUUACUUGCUACAUGCUUAGUCAUUUCAUAAAAGUUUAUGUUGUGCUAUUUUAAUACCUCUUAUUUACAAGGUUCUAACAGUUCUUUUUAUUUCAAGUUAAUAUAUGAACACUAACCUCACUAAAUAGGUUAUAAAUAGGCUGUACUGUACAGCCUAUAGUCAAAGUGAAUUGGCCCAUUUUGGUUGACCUCACAGUGGAUUGGGUAGAAUUAUUUUUAUUUCAACAAAAACCAAAACCAAACGGUAUGAAGUAACAAAGCUACAGUGCCAUAUGGGCUAAUUGUUCUAGUUGGUCCAUCCUGAUAGAUAUUACAUGUUUAUUGCCUUUAUCAAGGCGCUAUUUAUCUUUCAUCAUGGUUAUUGCGCUAACCUGGUGAUAGUGAUCGGUGUUAAUACACUGGACCCUGCUCUCCUUCCGCUCCCUGUCCGCCUAGACAACUGACUCAAUAUCUCUAUGUCCCAUUACGCGGAUGACGCCAUUUUUACGACCUUGCUGUAACAUUAUUUGCUGUGUUCGUCAUUUUACAGAAUGUAUCAUAUCAUACAUGACAUAACUGUCACUAAACAAUGACUCCCAUGUGGUGCCGGGACUGGUCUGGUGGUAGUGCUGCCGACCCAGAACACAUAUGCCCCUGGAGGCAGCGGUUCGAUCCCCUGUUCCGCAACUUGCUUUCUAUACUGUAUCCCUCUUAUAUAUCUCCCUCUCAUACAUUUCUAUCCAUCUAUCUGUCAAUAAACUUAAAAAUAUGUUUUAAAAGAUGCCUCGAUAUCCUCUCAUUCUACCCCCUCCCUUUCUGUUCUCCCUACCCAGAGAAGAAGCAGAAUGUCAUCUUCGCCCUGACGCUGCACGGGGGCCACCUGGGCUUCUUUGAGGGGGCCGUGCUUGUCCCCCAGCCCCUCACUUGGAUGGACAAGGUGAUCGUGGGCUAUGCCAACGCCAUGUGCCAGUGGGAGAAACAGAAACCGCCGUGCCAAAAAAGCGGAAACCUGAGUACACCCUGCCCUGAGGAGAAGGCAGCGUAAACUUUAACCUCCUGAACUCCUCUCUUGCUCACCUCAGACCCCCCUCCCCACUCACUGAGGAGAAACUUUAACCAAACUUGAACUACUACUCUCUCUCUCCUCUCACCCCUCUUCUCGGGCUACUGUCUCAACCCUCCUCCUCUGCCUCCCUGGUACCCCUGUUCCCUCAGCCUCUGCUCCUCCUGCUGCCCCCCUCUAACCAAAACAACCUUACAUGUGAAGGAACUAAAAUGACUAAAUGCCUUUGUGCUUUGUCUCUGAGGGGAACUAGUGGAGUGGAGAGGAACAACAGCUUUUGUCCUUACGUAUACAUUACCAAGAGAGAUCCCUGAGAUCCAACCAUGGAGACUUUGACCAAAUACUCACUAAAAAGGGAUGAAGCAACCUGACAUCCUAUGAGUAGAGAGGGAGAGAAAGCGACAUGGUAGAGGUGUAGUCGUAGAGAUAACAAGAGCACAGAAGAAACCUCCUAGUACUAUCUCUGAGGACUAAUGAAGCUGCAGUUACUGUACGUCACAGUGCGCUCACUGCUGACGACCGCCAAGGCUUUAGCCUAGUUUGCCGUCUUAAACCAACACCGCCUCUUUAUACAAUGUAUGUUACUCGCAAAUACUGUAUAAAAAGCCAGUUUAGUUUAGCAGGCCGUGUGUGUGCUGAGAAAGAGAGCUACGGGAUAGCUCUGUGAGCAUGUGACCUUUUCUAUUUGGUUGAUCUGAUUCUCUGUUCACGGUCUGUUUUAGUCCUAAGUAUGAUUUCUUGGUGAAUAUCAGCCCUUUUUGGAAGGUAUACAAAUAUUAAAUACUAUAUUAUACAGUAAUGGAACUUUUAAUCGAAUCCCCCAUAAAAUAAGUAUCUAUUUGGUACUUGAUUCCAUGUAGAAUCAAGGGGUAUGUCUCACAUGGCACCCUAACCCUUAUGGUGAAAUAUAGUGGCCCAGGUCAAAGGUAGUGCACUACAAAGGGAAUAGGGUGCCUUUUGGGAUGCA